AUGGGUGAAAAUGAAAAAACAAAUAAUAAUAGUGUGGAUAACGACCAAGAAACUAAAAUUCCUGAGUCAAGCAAAAAUGAAUAUAGUGGUUUUUUAAAAACUCUUUCCACGUUUACCGGUGAUAUAUAUAGUUUAACAUGUCCUAGUUUCCUGUUGUCUGGUGUUUCAACCUUGGAGUAUGGUCAAUACUGGGCAGAUUACCCUGAACUCUUUGCAUCUAUUUCUAAACCUACCGACGAAGCCGAGAGAGCUUUGGCUGUUCUUAAAUGGUUUGUGAGUACGUUAUAUGGUUCUUUCGCGUCUAGGAAAGAUAAAGAAAAAAUCGAGAAAAAACCUUUUAAUCCUAUUCUCGGUGAACAAUUCUUGGCUAAAUGGGAGGAAAUUAAUGGCUGUGGUGAAACUGUCUUGUUUUCAGAACAAGUUAGUCAUCAUCCACCAGUUUCUGCAAUAUAUCUUGAAAAUAAGCACGCAGGAGUUUCAGCGAAUGGUCAUACUGGUCAAAAAACUCAAUUUAGGGCUACGGCUGCGCGUAUUGACGUCAUACAAGUUGGUCACAUUAUCGUUCACUUACGGGAUUAUGAUGAUAAAUAUUUGAUAAUGUUACCAUCCUUACAAAUUCUUGGUUUAUGGAGAGGUGCCCCUUAUGUAGAAUUAAGUGGUACGAGCGUGAUUCAAUCUCAGAAUUUUAACACUGUUAUUGAAUUUAGUGGUAGAGGGUGGAUUUCUGGUGAGAAACACACGUUUUCUAGCGUGAUACGCCGUAAUGAUUCGAAAGAUCCUUUGUACACUGCUUCUGGAACUUGGUCUGGAAAAUCCAUUUUAGAGAAUCACAUAACAAACGAAAAAUCCGUUUUCCUUGAUGUGGGUGCUUCAAAAAGAGCCUCUCCUAUUAUAGAACCAAUAGAGAAGCAAAAUGAAUUAGAAAGUAUAAGGUUAUGGCAACACGUUGCAAAUGCAAUAAAUGAGGGUGAUUUUUCAACAGCUUCUAAACUAAAGGGCGAAAUUGAACAACGCCAACGUGAAAAAGUUAAACGUGGAGAAGAAACUGUUCUCCAAUUUUUUGAUUGGCUGGAAGAAGACGAUGAGUUCCUAUCUCUUUACGACUUGAUUAAUAAUAAAUCACAUUUAGAAAAUAAAUAUAAAGAAAAGGGAAGUUGGGUGUAUAAGAAAUUAUUGUUUAAAGAUAAUAAUUAA